UUUAAGCAGAUGACCAACGCAGGGCUAUCGAUUCAACGAAUAAAAUGGGACGAUUGUUUGCUGCUACUAUCCCUUUGUCUUAUGGUACAAAUUUCUGUGGCCCUCAACCCGAGCAGAAUUAUCGGCGGAAAGCUGGAUACAAUAGAAAAUAAUCCCUGGUUGAUAUCGAUCGCCGUUGAAGAAUUUGGUGGCCAUUUUUGCGGGGGUUCAUUAAUUACACCUUCAUGGGUGUUAACAGCGGCGCACUGUUUAGUCGAGGUUACCGAUACAAGAAGUCUCCUGUUACGGGCUGGUUCUGACCACAAGAAUUACGGGGGAGAAAUACGAAAGGUGAGGCAGAAGAUAACACAUCCCGAUUUUCAACGGUAUUAUCCGAUGGAUUACGACUAUGGCCUUAUGGAGACACGUAGGCCAUUCGUGUUAGGUCCUAAAAUAGCCAUUAUCCAACUGGCUGGUAUUGACGACUCUCUGCGUAUUAACCAGGACUGUAAAAUAGCCGGUUGGGGUGUAACGAACAAUCCGGCGCAAAUUCACCGACCACUGAAAAGUGCCAUCGUAAAAGUAGGAAAACUCGAAGACUGUAGAGCGAAAUACGUGCCUGACAUUAUAACGAACAACAUGGUUUGCGCUGGGGGCAAUGGCAAUGACGCCUGUCAGGGUGACUCUGGUGGUCCGAUCAUUUGCGGCGGCAAGCAAUUCGGAGUCGUUUCCUGGGGAAGACAGUGUGGUGUAAUAGAUUAUUAUGUAAUUUACGCCAGUGUAACAGUAAUUCGAAGGUGGAUUUUCGAUUAUGUCGGUGUUUGA